UUGAACAUAAUAAUAUCGAUCCUGGUUUAUAUGCCAAUAUACAUUAUACACGUAUUAGACUAUAUUAGAGAAUGUAUCUCUGGAUAAAACGACUUUAUAUUCUUUAAGAAUAUAUUUACUUGGAGUCAAACUGAAUAUUAAAGGUUUCAUAUGAAGGUUUCUAAUUAUAAUCUCCUUAUUUUGGGAGCAAUAUGGUCUACAAUCUUCAUAACAAUACAGAGUGUCCCUAACGGACAUUUAGAGCCCCUGGGCUCUCACAGACCAAAGGAGGGCUCUGUGGCAUCAUUGGAUAAUGUUCCUUUUCCAAGGGACUUCUAUUAUAACUAUGUUCUCACAUCAACGCCAGUGAUCUUUAGAGGUGCCGCAAAACUGUCUAAAGGAUUUAAGCUAUGGAGUGAUGGUUAUUUAAGAGAGCAUUAUGGAAAUGAGAUGGUUAGAGUUGAUUAUGGCAAGAAAGAGAACAGAGACAGGGCUGCUGAUGAGAUGCCUCUUGCUGAAUUCCUCAGCUUCUACAAUACAUCUGAUAGAUACUUGAUUGACACCUUACCCACAGCAAUGUGGAAAGAGUUUUCAUUACCAAGGUGUCUGCUCUGUGGUGGGUUUACCGAUGCUCUACAGGAUUCUGUGUUAUGGUUCAGCAGUGGAGGUACCAAGUCUCACCUUCAUAAUGACAAAGUAGAAAACAUCAACUGCCUUCUGAGUGGAGAAAAAACAUGGUUCUUUGUUGAUGCUGAGAAUUCCAAGAGAAUAGAAAUGGACCAUAAAGAAGGAGAAUACUGCAGCGUAAAUGUCGACAGUGUUGAUAUGUACAAGUAUCCCAGCCUACAAGUUAUUCCAUGGUGGUCGGCAGAGAUAAAAGCUGGAGAUUGCAUCUAUGUACCUUAUGGGUGGGCUCAUCAAGUGAACUCACUGUCAAGGAAUCUUGCGGUCAAUAUCUGGUGGUCACCAGGAAUUGCUUUCAAUGAUACUGAAUGCGAAGUGGCAGAAGAAGAUUUGAGAAAAUUAUCAACAGACAUAAUUGAAGAGGCCUUCGGAGGUACACCACCUGGUGAGGUCAAUGUCAUCGGCAAGUCAGUCAUAAGAGACCAAGUCUUGACUGAUCUUCUAAGCGAGCUUCCAGAGCAGCCACCACACAUCGAGGAGUUUCUUUUACGACCAGACAAGUUACCACAAGAGAUAGAAACAUUUCUCGAAAAACACAAUCGAGAACUUCCGAAGGAACUCAAUGAAUAUCUAAAAAUGAAAAUGACAGCAACCAAACCGAAUAAGGACAAUGAACACUACGAGUUGUAAACAGAGCGCAAAGCUGCUUAUAUUUGAAUCUACUGAAAGAACAUCUUUCUUAUGAGUUAGAAACGAUACGGCAAAGCGUAGUCGUACCGUAUCUUACCGUAACCGUGUCCACGCGUCGUGAUUGGAAUGGAUGAAUUAUAGAAAGAUAUAAUAAUAAUAAUAAUAAUAAUAUUAAUAUUAAUAAUAAUAAUAACAGGAUUUUUCCUAAACUUAACCUAUUUUGGCAUCACUGGUAUUAACAUCAUCGACGUGUUUAACGGAGGGAGGAAAACCUACAAUCUCGUACCUAGAGCCUUUAUUUCUUACUGCGCAUGCUCGACGAAAAUAGUAACCGUUUCGUCGAAGAUGCGCAGUAAGAAAUAAGAGGUCUGGAUUCACCCGAUUACGCUACUGUCAUACAUGAUCUAAUCGAUCCAAUAUCCUGUAUAUGGAUGCUAAAACAAAUACUCAAAAAUAAAUCCGAGCCAAAUUCAUUUGGAGUGUGAAAGCUAUAGCAAGUGUUCACAGAGAAAAGAAAAAUCAAAGAAAGCACCGAGGUAUCAAUAAAGCAUAUCAGAUACCAGAACUAAAUCAAUAAACUGAUCGAAAACUUAUUAUUCUAACUUCAGAACCCCGUCAUUGUUGUAUUUGAGUUAGUUAGUUGAAAACAGGGACGGAAGCAGAUGCUCUGAAUGUUUCAAUCCCAAUUAAAUUUGUCGAUAUUUUUGUGUGAAAAUAAACUUCAUUUGCACUAAUAAAAAAAGAAAUGGCUACAAUU